AUGGCUGAAAUCCCCCCUUUCCCCCUUCAUAGCAUAUCAUCAUCAGGCGCGCGACUGCGCGACAAGAUCGCCCGGGCCCUCCCCCAGACGCGGGUGAAGUUGUACUUCCCGUCCGAGUUCGGGGUGGACCACACACUGCACGACUUCAGCGUGCCGGAGUGGGACGGCAAGAAGGCGCACUACGCGCUGACCCGGCAGGUUUUGGCACCCACGAACAUCAAGGUCUGCAGGAUCUUCAACGGCCUCUUCCUCCACAGCGGCGUCGGGCCCUGGUACGGCUUCCACACGGCCAAGGACGUUUAUCAGGCCGUAGGCUCCCUCGACCAACACGUCAGUUUCACGGAAAUCGGCGACAUCGCCCGCGUCCUGUGUCUCCUCGCCGAGCGCAUCAUGCGUGGUGUCCCGGUGCCGUCGCAGCUGCGCAUCGCAGGCACAAACGCGAGUUUUCGCGACAUCGCGCGGCUCAUGACCGCCGCAGGUGCGGGUGCGAGCCCGGGCGUUGGUAUGGGCGAGAAGAAAGAGAUCGAGCUCAAGAGCGUCGAGUUGGAGGCGUUCCGCAACCGCGUCCUGAACCGCCAGUACGAGGACCGCGGACCCAUCGUGUGUCUGCGCUUCAUCAUGGGCGACGGGCGCGCAGACUACAGAACCACGGAAGAAGGUGGGCUCGGCAACGACAACGACCUCGUCAACCCGGACCAGAGGCAUUUUGUGUGGAAGACCAUGAGGGAUUUGGCUGUCGAGACGAAGGGGCGGCCGAAUGUGAAUGCUUGA